AUGAGUUCUGCAAGUUCAACCACAAGCCCCAUUUCAUCACCAGCCAGAAUCCACCACCUAUGGAAAUCUCCAUUGCCUUACCUCUUUGGCAGCUUAGGCCUAAUGCUGGUUCUGAUUUCUGUUGCACUAGUCAUCCUUUUUUGUUCAUACCGCAAACCGUCUUCGAGUGAAGAUGAAGAUGAAGAGAAGCCGGCAAGACCCAUGAACGCAGUGCUCGAUGAAGAGAGAAAGAUUGCAAUUGUCAUAAUGGCAGGGGAAGACAAGCCCACCCACUUAGCUACAGAGAUCAUCAUCACUUCACCAACUUGCUACUGUUCUUGCUCUUCUGAGACUGAUCAGAAAGCCUAA